CUCCUGAGUGGAGCGAACACUGAAGAGCAAGAAGAGGAAGACCGUAUACGCGAGAGAGCAGCCAGAAGCAAAAGGAAGGAAAAUUAUAUUGGCCCUAGACAUUCUUGGUGCGAUUCGUCGUCGUCGUCGCGUUUUUUUCCGAAUGUGUGGUGAAAAAUCGGAUCGCGAGUUUCGGAACUAGACCAAGAAGGAAAAACGGUCGGAACAAAGCUUUCCCCGGGGGCUAUCCGGAUGUUUGUAGUUUCUCCAAUCGAAAAGUGCGUGAGAGUGUUUUCCCGUUCCUUUUUUUCUGGUGCUACCAUCUUCCUCUUUUUCUCUUUGCGGUAUUGUACUCUUAUGAUGGUGGCGCAGGAAGUGUAAAUUUGUGGCCCAGCAAAGGUUUUCGGAACGCAACGGGUAACUUCCAAUUGCCAAUAGCCUAGUCCCGAACGGGAAAUUCGGGUAAAAGUGCAGCAGCCCGCUAAUGGAGAAGAGGAAAAUCCGUGAACGAAGGCUUGUGUGAAAAUUUUUCUUCUUUUCCUCUUGCUGAAUGGAUCAGUAAGCAGUAAGUGGAACCAAAAGACGAAAGCGUUGGAGGAGGAGGAGGAGGAAGUAGCUGAAAUUUUCUGACUGACAGUAGAGAGAAAGACAGCAGCAAAAGAGUUUGCGGAGCACCCCUUAUUAAAAAAAAAAAACGGCGAAGAAGAAUCAGAAAUCCGAAGAAAGAAGACGUCGUAGCAAGACACAAGAACAACAACAAGAAGAAAAAACCUCGAAGAAAAUCGCAAUCUCCCCAAAAGAAGAGAACGCAACAGAAAGCAAGACAAAAGACAGAAGAGGAGAUAUUUUACGUUUUUAUUUUGUUGACGUUGGUUCCAGUGUGAAAUUGCAAAAAAAAAACAAACAAAAAAAAAACUGAUGCAAAUCCCAUUUAGUGGAAUUCAUACAACGCAAGGUUGUAGUUAAAAAAAGUGUUUGUGUAGAUGUGCGCGUUCGUGUGAAGUAAUUAUUGUUCCUGGGUGCUCUUGGAUGUGUGUUUGCAUGGAUCGUUUGUCCGUAUGCCGAGAAUAACAACAAUAACGAAAGCGAGAAAACGCUGAACUUCCGGACCUGACCACUCAGAAAAGACAUCGAUUCAUCGAUCACAACAACCAUCAUCAUUUGUACAACCCUUGCACGAGACGAAGGCAUCAGCGAAACAACAAUACCGCAGCACCGUAAUACCGAGGACCGAUCAUCCGGCAGCAGUGGAUCACAACAGAAACAAGCCCCUCUGGCCCCGGUUGACAUCAAAUGUGCUGCUGGAAAUGAUUAAUACAAAGGACGAAGUCGUAAACUGGUUCAAAGAGUUACAGAGCUACAACCGGAUAGAUACGAUGUGCACCCUGCUCAAUAUGUGCCUUCCAUUCGAGCUGCGCUUCCUGGGGACGUGUUUGGAGGAGCUCGGCCGGCGAGAUGCCCAGGAAUUGCGUGGCAUCGAACUGCGGGUCAACAACCCCCAGGAGUUCAUCUCGGAUAUCGCUUCCUGCCAGAGCGGAGAACCCACGGAUCGGAAGAACCGCCGGAAGAUGGCCAUGUUCCUGGCGCUGAUCCGAGCCUGCAAUCAUACUUGCGUGAACGAACUGUUCAAGACGCUCGAAGGCUGGGGCAAUCGGGAUUUUGCGCGACUCUUUGACGAGGACGUACUGCAGGAGCUGCUGUUGGUGUACACCAUGGCCACGAACCAUCCCGUCUUCUCGUUCGAGCAACGCAUGAAGUGCGGGGACAUAUUCAACAAACUGAAGAGCUGCGAGCUGAAAACCAGCUCGGGAGGAGGUGGUCAUCACCCCCACCAUCCCCACCAACAGGAGACUGAUAGUCUAUCGAAUGCGACGCCCCCGCCGCCUAACAGUGCGGGGACGCCCUUGGGAAUGGGACCAGGGUCGGCGCAAACUCAGCCUCCUCAGCCUCAUCCCAUAGCAUCCCAACAGCAGCCAAUCCCUAUGCAAAUCCCGUUGCCACCCCAGCAGGCAGUACCGCCGCCACCCACUCAACAACAGCAACAGGUUUCGCUUCCGAUCCCGGGUUUUCCGCAGGCGCCGAUGGCACAGAUGAUGACUGCUGAUGGUAGCAUGCCGGCACAUAUGACAGUCGAAGGCCUCCAGCAGAUACAGAUGCAGAUACCUCAGGACUUCACGAUGCCCCCGCCGACGACCGUGCCGCCCCACUGGGCGCUCCGUAAUUCCGUGUUCCAGGUGGGACUAGAUACUUCAUUUCCGCCUCCAUCUUCGUCGCCACAUCUGAGCAAUCCGUCGUCACCGAUCCACAGCCGUACGGCCAGUCCGACGCGGAUUCCGACGAGCAGUGUACAGCAUCGGAUCAGUCGGAAUCAGCAACCGACUCCGAGCGAACAGCAGCAACAACAGCGUCAGCAUCAGCCUCCUCAGCAUAUGCAUCCCCCCCAAGACCAUCGGGAUCAGCGGGAAAGUCAGCAGCAGCAAGCGCAGCAGCAGCAGCAGCCGAUGAAAUCCGUUGAAGAGUCAUUACUGUUGGAUCAAACCACGGCCAUGACUCAGCUGCAGCAGCUGCGCAAUGGUUAUAGGCCUAGCCAUAACACGCUGCCCCGCCAAUCGAACAAGCAGAGCUAUGUUAAUCAGAUUCAGUACCACCAUCAGCAGCAGCAGCAGGCACACCAGCAACAGCAACAACAACAACAGUCGAACUUCCACGGCAAUCCUAAUCCUGGUCUGGGGAUUGCAUACCCAAUGAAUAAUUUAAGUUUGAUUGAUCUGACGCAAAAGUCCAGCAGUGAUUCUGGCAGUUCGGCAGGAGACAUGUCUCCGCCGGAGACCCCUGGCCUGAAUACGGCACCAGCAGCGAACAACAUUGGCGGAUUGAUCCGAAGUAGGUCGUCGAAUCUGGGCAGGAUUAACGGGCGUCCGGACAAGCAACAACAGCAAUUAGGUAGUUCUGUGAUAUAUAAUCCGACGGUAGCGCAACAGCAGCAAUCCCAGCAGCAGCAGCAACAGGUUCAAACACAGCCACAGUUCGUCGGCGGUAGUAACGAUAUAAUGGUAACAUCAGCAACACAAAAUUUAAUUAGUAAUAGUAAUAAUAAUACCAAUACUAUGAAUAUUAGCAAUGGAAAUAACAAUAGCGUAGUGUCAAACGCUCUGUUGAUAGGAGCCCCGACGCAAUCGGCCGGAGGUACGAACCUAGUUCUGGGCUCACAGCCACAGUUUCCCGCUCCCUAUCCACCAUAUCAUACGGCGCAUUUGACAACGCGACCUGCACUCAUUUCGACCCAUGCGGCAACAACCCUUCCGCCGGGUACUGCAUUCCGAUCACCAGCAGCAACUGCUUACCACACGAUGCAACACAACGGAGAGAUUCUUUAUCCCUACCCCACACAGGUUGCAACCGUCGGAGGAGGCGCUCCCUUGACCUUUCUGCCAGCUGCGCCAGCACCGGUAGCUACCAGUACUCAAUCGCUGCAAACCUUACGGUCAGCUGGUACGUCUCAACCACCACCACCACAACCACAAACCCCCCAGCAACAGGUCCAGCAGUCCGUUCAACAGCCCCCGCUAAUACAACAAAAAGUGCCCACAGCCUACACGCCACCCAGUGCUGCCGUCGUUGCUGCUGUUCCUCCCCCGCAUCCACCGAGUGCCAGCACUCCAACGGGUAUGUACUCUGCUCUGUCCUGCUUCAAUUGCGGUUCCCAAAAACACACCGGACUAGACUGUCAGGAAGCAUCCAUGGAAGAUGUGACGCGAAACUCGAUCUACAAACUCGAUUACAACGCAGCAGCGACCGCCCAACAGCUGGCCGCAGCAAUAGCUGCCGGUGCGAUACCGGGCCCAAAUCAAGCCAACGCCAUGGCCCUAGUCGCAGCCGCGAGUCUACCAUCGUCCUCUACAUCACCUCCCUCAUCCGUUUCGGUAGCAUCCCUACCUUUGUCAGCGGUGUCAUCUGUUGCCGCCUCCUCGGCGUCCUCGUCAUCGUCCUCUUCGUCUUCUUCUUCUUCAUCAUCAUCGUCUUCGUCUACAUCGUCGCUAACAUCUUCUUCAGUCUCGUCCUCGACGACGACACUGCCACUACCGCCACCACCACACCAACACCAACCGCAGCAGCAGCACGGAUCCAAUCUUAUUAGCAGUAGUAGUAGUAACAAUAGCUCCCUAGACGCCCCCACAUCUGUAUCAACACAAACAAUAAAUAAUCAAACGGAUAGCAGUAGUAGUAGCACUAUCAGUAAGUGAUCAUCAAUCUAAAACUAAUCUUAUAAAAAGAAUGAUAAAAAAAACAUAUUCUAUAAGAAGAAAAACUAAUUAAAAGUAAAUAGUAUACUCUGCAAAAAGAUUAAAAAAAAGUCUAAAAAAGAUAUAGGAAACAAACAAAAACACACACAGACACAUGCGGAAAAAGUCAGUCAGUAGAAAAGGGACACAAAAUUAGCAAAAGAAAAACCGAAAAAAAAAACAAUUGGAACAAUUUUACUAUUAUGGUUAUUGCGACAGAAGAAGAAAAAGCCGAGAACUGACAUUGUGUGAUGUUUAUAGUGAAUGAUUUUUAAAUAAGUGUUGGCUUUCGGAACGUGCUCCUACCGGCGAAUAUCUGUAACGAAAAAUCGGCUAUAUAAUUGUACUACAAGCAAAAUUAACGACGAGAAGGAACCCAGUCUUCUUCAAGCGCAGGCUUUCGAAAAAAAGAUGUGUGCCAUUUUUUUUAAAGAAACUAUUGUAUUUUAACCCUAGACACGCAAGUACGAUGGAUGGAAACACAGGUUACAGGUGAUAGUGAGACUACAUAAAGCGAAAACAAAAAUUGAACCAAUCAAAGUGUUUGGAAGUGAGCGAGAGAGCCAAGCAAAGGAAGGGUAGGGGCACGCCAUUCGGGAAGGAAAUCUUAUUGACUAAGAUCGAGAGCACCAACUAGAAAAAGAAAACAGUCGUCAGGUUUUUUCCUUGUUUUUGUGUAGGACGAAUCCAAUAACCUUGUACUCAAAAUAUUUAUUUUUUUUAUAUAUAUUUUCCCCCUAUUUUUGUAUAUUGCCGCAUAUUAUACUACCAACCUGAGCUUUUUUGUUCCGUAAAGUUUUUUGAGUUAUCAUAGGGGUAACCUACUUAUCAAUUAUUAUGCUUUAAGGACUCUGCUCUGCGGGCAGGUAAAAAAAAUGUAAACAAGAUCACGAUCAACUUUUUAAAUGUUUAUUUAAAUGUAGUUAUGAUCUAAUGUAAUAUUGUGUAAAUGUACUUGUUGAUACGGUUAAGAUACA